UUGAGGAUUAGUUACUGGUGUCAGUGCACAGCCGUAACAAUGUUCAAGCUAACCAAGACAAGUGCUCAAAUGAGUACACGAAACCUUCGUACCACUGCUGGUCUCUUCCAGCGAGUACCCAUGAGCAAAUUUGACCCUGAGACAGACGUCCGAGAAAACAUGGCACUUCUCCAGAAAAAUGUCGAUAUCGUUAAGUCAAGGCUUAGGAGGCCAUUGACUUUGUCUGAGAAAAUUGUCUAUGGUCAUCUUGACGAGCCAGAAAUUGCAGAUAUCGUCAGAGGUGAAUCAUAUCUGAGGUUGCGUCCGGACCGUGUAGCAAUGCAGGACGCCACAGCUCAGAUGGCAAUGUUACAAUUCGUUGCCAGCGGUAUUCCUCGAGUGGCAGUUCCCUCGACAAUUCAUUGCGACCACUUGAUAGAGGCUCAGUUGGGAGGAGCAAAAGAUCUCAGCAGAGCAAAGGACAUCAACAGCGAAGUUUACGAUUUCUUGUCAACAGCAGGAGCAAAAUACGGGGCUGGUUUCUGGAAACCCGGAAGCGGAAUUAUUCAUCAGAUAAUAUUGGAGAACUACGCUUACCCCGGAAUUAUGCUCAUUGGUACGGACAGUCACACUGUCAACGGAGGGGGUCUUGGCGGAGUCUUUGUCGGAGUUGGCGGAGCUGAUGCUGUUGAUGUCAUGGCUGGUAUUCCCUGGGAGUUGAAGUGUCCUAAAGUUAUUGGAGUCCAUCUGAUAGGUGAAAUUAGCGCAUGGACGUCUCCAAAGGACGUUAUUCUGAAAGUGGCGGAUAUUCUGACAGUAAAGGGCGGAACUGGUGCUAUUGUGGAAUACUUUGGACCUGGUGUUAACUCACUGUCCUGCACUGGAAUGGGUACUAUCUGUAAUAUGGGCGCUGAGAUCGGAGCCACAACUUCCAUCUUCCCUUACAACGAGCGUAUGGCACGUUAUCUUCACGCCACAGAACGUGGGGAGAUCGCCAAGAUCGCUGACAAUUACAAAAGUGUGCUGGAAAGUGACGUGGGCGCUGAGUAUGACGAGGUGAUUGAGAUUAACUUGUCUGAGUUAAAACCUCUGAUCAACGGCCCCUUCACACCUGAUCUGUGUACCCCAGUUUCUGAAAUUGGAACCAGAGCCGAGCAGGAAGGCUGGCCAACAGAAGUUAAAGUAGGUUUGAUCGGGAGCUGCACUAACUCCAGUUACGAAGACAUGACCAGGUCCUCUAGCAUCGCCAAACAAGCCCAAGCUAAGGGUAUCAAGUUCAAAUCUCUCUUCACUAUCACACCCGGAUCCGAACAGAUCAGGGCGACUAUCGAGAGGGACGGUGUUGAUCAGCCCCUCCGUGAUAUCGGGGGGUUAGUUCUCGCCAACGCGUGUGGACCUUGUAUUGGACAGUGGGACAGACAGGAUGUAGCUAAGAACGAGAAGAACACAAUCGUUACCUCCUACAACAGGAACUUCACUGGAAGGAAUGACGCUAAUCCUAACACUCACGGAUUUGUUGCAUCACCUGAGAUCGCUACAGCGUUAGCACUUGCUGGCACGUUGAAGUUUAACCCUGAAACUGAUACUCUAUUAGAUUCAGAGGGGAACCCAUUCAUGCUGGACACACCAUAUGGAGAUGAGCUACCCGCCAAUGGCUUUGACCCUGGUGAGGACACAUACCAAGCGCCUCCUGCAGAUGUUAGUUCUGUUGAAGUUGAAGUUGAUCCCAGCUCCAACAGAUUGGAACUCCUUACUCCUUUCUCUGCUUGGGAUGGUCAGGACUACCACGAUCUUCAACUUCUUGUUAAGGUUAAAGGAAAGUGUACAACUGAUCACAUAUCAGCCGCCGGACCGUGGCUCAAAUUCCGUGGUCAUCUCAACAACAUCUCCAACAAUUUCCUGAUAACAGCAACAAACAGUGAGAACGGUGAGAUGAACUCUAUCAAGAAUGUGUUGACCGGAGAGUUUGGUCCAGUGCCUGGUACUGCUAGAGAAUACAAGGCAGCCGGUAUUGGAUGGUUAGCGGUCGGUGAUGAGAACUACGGAGAAGGCAGUUCUCGUGAACAUGCUGCGCUGGAACCACGUCAUCUUGGCGGUAAAGCUAUCAUCGUCCGAUCCUUUGCACGAAUCCACGAGACAAACCUUAAAAAGCAAGGAAUGUUACCUUUAACUUUCGCCGAUCACGCUGAUUACGAUAAGGUUCAACCUGGUGAUAAAGUUUCCAUCCUUGGACUGACAAGCUUCGCUCCGGGAGUUCCUCUUACCUGCAAACUUACACACCCUGACGGUUCUACUGACGAAUUUUCUCUCAAUCACACUUUCAACGACAACCAGAUCGGAUGGUUCAAGGCUGGCAGUGCACUCAACGCAAUGGCACAGUAAAUUAGACUCAUUGAUUUAUAUUGUUUUAGACAUGAUUUUAUUGAGGUCAUCGGCUUUGAUUUAUGUUAAUAAAUCUUCAGUUUAUGUGAAGUGUAAUUUAUUGAACUGCGUAGUAACAUAGUAUAGAUAUUUACAAGUGAUUUAUUGAGAUUCCAACUGACUUGACCUAAAACUCUUAAUCUGUGGCAUCCUAUGUGUGGAGAGCGUGCAAAAAAAACUUAACAACAGAGAAACCACAUUUGUAAGAAGUUGAUUUGGAUCAUUGAUGUUCAUUUGGCAUUUUCCAAUAAUAUAA